GCAGAACACACACACACACACACACACACACAGCCAAAACUUCCUCCUGGUCUGCAGUGUAUCUGGCUUCAUCAUUAAUCGCGGAUACUUUCCCCCCAACUUUUUCCGCGUGAAAGCGCGAACGAGUCCAUUACAGCUAUUCUUGCCGAGUUGAUCACACUUCUCUCACCAUCCUGUGACAGCCAGAAUGACUAUUAGACUACGGAUCUUCUCUCUCAACUGCUGGGGAAUCCGCUACCUUAGUAAGCACCGUGCUCAGCGAUAUGCCAUGAUUGGAGAUCUGCUAAGCAAAGACCAGCAUGAUGUAGUAUUACUGCAGGAGGUUUGGAGUGAAAAAGACUUCCACUUCUUGAAAGCGAAGCUUGCCAGCACACAUCCUCAUUCCCAUUAUUUUAAAAGUGGAUUUUUUGGAAGUGGACUGGCGGCCUUUUCCAAGCAUAGAAUCCAUGACGUCUUUCUCUACAAAUACUCCUUGAAUGGUUAUCCUUACAUGGCCCAUCACGGAGACUGGUUUGGGGGUAAAGCUGUUGGGAAAUUACUGCUGAAUAUCAGUGGGAUGAUGGUGCAUGUCUACGUCACUCAUCUGCAUGCUGAGUAUUCCAGAGAGCAAGAUUCCUAUCUCGCUCACAGAGUGGUGCAGGCCUGGGAGCUUCAAAACUUUAUACGGCACACAUGUGCUGGGGCAGAUGUGGUUAUAUUAGGGGGGGAUUUAAACAUGCAUCCUGAAGACCUUGGUGUUAGAUUGGUGCGCAGCUACUGCGGACUCAAAGACUGCUUCGCCGAAACAGCCAACUUCGACGGAUGUGAACAGGGAUUCACCCAUAUAACAGACAACCCCUUCACAAAUAAUCAUGAGCUUAUUCCUUUUGGAGAAGGAAUCCGUAUCGACUACAUCUUAUUCAAGGGAUCAGGGAAAGUGGAUGUGAGUUGUGAAUCUCUGUCUACUACCAAGGGCUCUGUUCCUGGCUAUGACUUUCCUUACUCUGACCACGAAGCUCUGAGCACUGACCUUCUGCUUUCCCCUUUGGAAAACGAGAAGCGAGAAAAAGAAUGCACUGAAGUUAACCUUUCUGAGCUGAUCAACAUUGUGACCGAGGCUCGUACAGAGGUGAAGGUGGGCCUGCAUUGUGCUGAGCGCAUGCGCUACACAGCUGCACGCACAGGAUUCAUGGGCCUGGUGUUGCUGCUGCUUGAGUUAGCCAUAGCUGCUGUGCCUAUAUUCUCCCUGGGAACUGAGCAGCCUUUCCCCAAAGCUUCCUUCUACCUCUUGGGGGCGCUGUGCUUUACCAUCCUUCUUUCUGCCACCUUCCUGUACAUAUUUUACACCAUGGAAGUGAAGUCCCUGCAAGGAGCAGAGGACCAGAUGAGGCUUACAGUUGGCAGCCUGCAAGAACAUCUGAAAGAAUUGCCUAAGGACAAGGAACAUACCAAAAAGGCUGCAGAAGCCUGAAUAAUGAAGAAUCGAAGCUGUAAACACUCCUGAACCACUCACAUAAAUUUGAGGAUUAUUUUCUUGCAAGGUGACGUCUGCUAAUUUCAUAGAUUUCGAACAAGGCUAAGCUGAACCACUUUUAAGAGUUUUCUGAUUGACUCAUUGUAGAUGGUUCCAAAUCUUUCCAUGGCUCUGUUCAUACCUGGUAUUAACUUGCGUUCUGAGUACAGAUACAAAAUCAAAACUAUAUCAAUCAGCUUAUCUGUCAUUCAUUUAUAAGUUUCAUUCGCAGCCCACAAAACAUUUUAAACGGCUUUUAGAAAUGUGCAAAAUAUAAAUCGUGGGAGAUUUUUUAUUUUUUUUUGCCUGGAAAUAAAUGGCGAUUUUUUUUUUCAUGACAAUCUUUCUUCAGUGAAAAUGACACCACAAGCAAUGACGCAUUUACGAUACCUGGCCUGAGUGAUCUCAGCUAUGUCUUCGCUGUCUCAGCUAUGUCUCAGCUGUCUAUUUCUCAAGGGAUUACCCAGGACACAUGCCAGGUGUGCCACUAGCUGUCUUCCUCACUGAUGAUUCUACACAAGCUGAAGCUAUUAGUACCACUAGCAAAAAUUUUAAAAAAGCAUGUGCGUCACACUUCUCAUUAAUAUUAUGUGUCCUUGAUUUGAGUAAUGAGAUUGUAACUCAGUAUAUAACGCAUAGAUGGACGUCUGUCUCAGGAAUUGGACCAUUCACCUUGCUUAGUCAAACGAACAAUCAUCGGGAAUACGACCGAAAUUUAAAAAAGUAACCAAAGUGUAGGAUAUAACAUUGCAUAACCAAACUUAUACACAAAAUCUGCUUCAUUUGUAUUGGUCAGAAGGUGUUUCUUUAUGUUCCUAUAACAGCACACUCCAUCAGGUUUGAUUCCUUACACACUCUGUGCGUCCAUGUUCCGUUAGAUAAAUGGACCAGUUGUUGCUCUUAUUUAUUGUCAUUAAGCCGGAUACGCUUUGGUAAUAUCCAUUAUCUCACAAAUGUCUUAUAUUUAUCAGGCCAAGUAGAUUUUUAUUUAAUUAUCAGACUGAUUUUAAUCCUGCAGUGCAGGUCAUUUAAAUAACCAAUAAUGUCUAUUAAAUAACUUUAAUGUCUUCCUUAUAUAAGAUGGAUCCUGCUUAAAUCCUGUAUUUGUUGUGUUUACACAAAUAGUAGAUAAAAUAAAAACUACACAUUUGCAUUAUCUGUUUUUUUGAAGCAUUUUCAAUUAACUGUACUGGAAUCACUUACUCACUCCGAUUUCAUUACACACUUAUAUGUACUGUAUACUUUAUGGAUGCCGAAAGAUGCCAGUUUUAUGUGUAUAUAUAUUUCUAUACCUCAUACAUGUCAUAUACUCUUGUCUAUUCUCUGUAAACCCUACAUGCAUUCAAUUUGCUCACGUUUAUGCUUUCAGUUGCAACAAUAGAUGCAGUGUUUUUAGAAGAAAUAAAUGAUUCUUAUUACAAAGGCAAAA